CAUAACCCAUGUCACGUGCAGGUGACAGUCCCUCAUCCUCAUUAUCAUCUCAUCAUCUCCCUCCAAAGUCCGAAUCCAAUUCCAGCUUCCGUUAUCAGUUUAUCACCACCAUACAUACACUCGCAUUUUACUCCCACUGGGAAGAAGAUGAACUCACAAGCUCGGGCCUUGCGCCCUCCAAUUCAAGUAUUUCCUGCCUCACCGUCUUGCCUCCGCCCGUUUCUUAUCUCCGCCAACGUACGCCUUCCUAAAAGAUCCAAAGUCGCCUCUCGCGCCCUUAGAUUUAGCCUCCGAGUCUGCUGCAGCACCGUCCAAGGUGAUAUUACAGAGGAAUCGGACCAACUCCAGGAGCAGAGGAAGAAAGCCUAUCCAUUUCACGAAAUUGAACCUCGUUGGCAGAGGUUUUGGGAGGAGAAUCGUACUUUCCGGACACCUGAGGAUGUAGAUACUUCGAAGCCCAAAUUCUAUGUCCUCGACAUGUUUCCCUAUCCUAGUGGAGCUGGACUACAUGUUGGUCAUCCUCUUGGAUAUACUGCCACUGAUAUUCUUGCAAGAUACAAACGAAUGCAGGGUUUUAAUGUGUUGCAUCCAAUGGGAUGGGAUGCAUUUGGGUUGCCUGCUGAGCAAUAUGCAAUUGAGACAGGAACACAUCCAAAACUCACAACAUUGAGGAACGUUGCAAGGUUCCGCACCCAGCUUAAAUCAUUGGGAUUUUCCUACGAUUGGGACCGAGAAAUUUCUACUACUGAUCCUGAAUAUUAUAAGUGGACGCAGUGGAUAUUUUUACAGCUUUUGAAGAGAGGACUUGCUUAUCAGGCUGAAGUUCCUGUCAACUGGUGUCCUGCUCUUGGUACAGUUUUAGCAAAUGAAGAAGUCGUGGAUGGUGUUAGUGAGCGUGGGGGUCAUCCAGUCAUAAGGAAGCCAAUGAAGCAGUGGAUGCUUAGGAUUACAGCUUAUGCUGACCGCUUACUUGAAGAUCUUGAUGAUUUAGACUGGCCUGAAAGUGUAAAAGAAAUGCAAAGGAACUGGAUAGGAAGGUCAGAAGGUGCAGAAGUGGAGUUCCCUGUUCUAAGUUCUGAUGGAGAUGAAAGAGAUAUAAAAAUAAAGAUUUAUACAACGAGGCCUGAUACCAUAUUUGGAGCAACCUAUUUAGUGUUGGCACCGGAGCAUCCAUUGUUGGCAUCCAUUACAUCUGAGGCACAACGCAAACUUGUAGAGGAGUACAAAGAGCUUGCAUUGAGGAAAAGUGAGCUUGAGAGGACCGAGCUUCAAAAGGAAAAAACUGGGAUAUUUAGUGGCAGUUAUGCAAGAAAUCCAGCUAAUGGAGAAGAUAUCCCAAUUUGGAUUGCUGAUUAUGUGUUGGGGAGCUAUGGUACAGGAUCAAUAAUGGCUGUACCAGCCCAUGAUACACGAGAUUAUGAGUUCUCUAUGAAGUAUGAUAUUCCAAUUCGGGUUGUUGUUACUCCUGAUGGUGCUAAUUCUGGAAUACCCUAUACGGGUGAUGGGAAGUGUCUAAAUUCAUCAAGUGAAAAGACGGGGCUGAAUAUCAGUGGCUUGCGUACCAAAGAGGCUGUUACACAAGUUAUUGAGUGGAUGGAGAAAACUGGAAAUGGAAAUAAGAAGGUCAAUUUCAAAUUGAGGGACUGGCUUUUUGCUCGACAACGCUAUUGGGGGGAGCCCAUUCCUGUAAUUUUCCUGGAUGACAAAGCUGAGUGUGUUCCACUUCCAGAAACUGAGCUUCCACUCACUCUUCCUGAAUUAGAUGAUUUUACUCCUACAGGAACUGGAGAACCACCACUUUCAAAAUCAGUUUCUUGGGUAGAAACUAUUGAUCCAUCUUCAGGAAGGCCUGCCAAACGUGAAACUAACACUAUGCCACAAUGGGCUGGAUCUUGCUGGUAUUAUCUAAGAUUCAUGGAUCCCAGAAAUACCAAAGAACUGGUUGAUAAGAAAAAAGAAAUGUACUGGGGUCCUGUUGAUGUGUAUGUUGGUGGUGCUGAACAUGCUGUUCUUCACUUGCUUUAUUCCAGAUUUUGGCACAAGGUUCUUUAUGAUAUGGGUGUUGUAUCAACCACAGAACCCUUUAAGUGUGUCAUUAACCAGGGACUUAUCCUGGGAGAAGUUCAGUAUAUGGCAUACAGAGAUGUAGAGGGCAAUCUUGUAUCUGCAGACUCUAUUGAUAAAUUUGGAGAAUAUCAGCAAGAGAACAUACCUGAGGAAAAUGUCAUGAAAUCUGGUGAUGCUUUUGUAUUAAAAGACAAUCCAGGCAUUCGCAUAAUUGCCCGUGCUCUUAAGAUGAGUAAAAGUAAAGGAAAUGUUGUCAACCCUGAUGACAUUGUUUUCAAAUAUGGUGCAGAUUCCCUUCGUUUGUAUGAAAUGUUCAUGGGCCCACUCAGAGACUCGAAAUCGUGGAGUACUGGUGGUAUUGAAGGUGUACAUCGGUUUCUUGCAAGAGCUUGGAGGCUGAUAGUAGGUUCACAUUUAGCUGAUGGCACUUUUGGAGAUGGAACAGUUGUAACUAAUGAUGAACCUUCUGCGGAACAGCUUCGCCAUCUUCAUAAAUGCAUCCAUAAGGUUUCAGAGGAGAUUGAGGGGACUCGGUUCAACACUGGAAUCUCAGCAAUGAUGGAGUUCAUUAAUGUUGCUUAUAAGUGGCAGAAACUUCCCAGAAAAGUAAUCGAAGCAUUUGUCUUGCUGCUUUCUCCCUAUGCUCCUCACGUCGCAGAAGAGCUUUGGUUUCGCUUAGGGAAUGAUUCUUCCUUGGCAUAUAUUCCUUUUCCUCGGGCUGAUCCUUAUUAUUUGAAAGAAUCCACAAUUGUCUUGCCAAUACAAAUAAAUGGGAAGACUAGGGGUACCAUUCUGGUUGAAGAAGGAUGUACAGAAGAUGAUGUUUUUAAACUGGCUUCUCUUGAUCCCAAACUUUCCAAGUAUUUAGAUGGAAAACCCAUCAAAAAGAGGAUUUAUGUCCCCGAGAAAAUACUCAACAUCAUAUUGCUAGCACAAACUGCCAAGACUGCUCCCCGAUAACAUGAAGAAAUAUAUGCCACAAACGGAAUAUGGAGUCCAAGUUUCCGACACACAAUGCAUUCGUUAUUUAUCAUCCUUGUUUCAUGUUCUUUGUUUAGGGUUUCUUUCUACCUUGGAAGACGGUAAAUGAUGGCGAAGAUAUUUAUGGUGACUCAUUAUUUGUAAGUACUAGUUGUUGUGUUAUAAUUUUGGAGAGGUAUCUUAGAAUAAAAAAGUGAAAUGAGAAUAAUGUAUUAUAUCUUAUAAACACAUAUUUGAAAAUCACGAUCAUGUGUUGCUUUAUUAA